AUGAAGGUAUUCACAGGACUUCUCGUUGUAGCUCUCGCAGUUACAUCCUCAUACGCGGACAACUCAAGUAAUCUGCGUUCUACAAGAUAUGAUGACGAAGUCAAUGAAGUCAAAGCUGCGGACUCGCACGAUUCUAAAACAACUAAUGACAAAUUGAUUGUUGACUCGGCCGACUAUGUCAACUCCGAGGGAAAAAUUAAUAUCAUGGAUAUAAUCGGCGAGGAGAAGGGCAAGAUUCCGUUAGUGGACAUCCUUGAUGCCUAUGUUGAUAGCUCGGAAAAAGACGUAGAUAAUUUCAUAACUCAACUGACCCAUAAAGAGUUUUCAACGCAGGCCACUGACUUUAAUGAUAAUAACUCGUUGCCUAGCAAAACGGAUGGCAAACCCAAUUACGUUAAUGUCAAGGACGACGACGACAGUGAUAUCCAGGACAAUGAGGACUCCGACUCUGAUAACAAUGUUAUUUUGGGAAAGUCUGGUAAAUCAACGAAAUCGAAUGAAUCCUUAAAAAACGACAAUCUGGACGACUUAUAUAGCGACACGAACGUUAAGGAUGACAAGCACCAAACUCGAGUUGAAGGCACUGGUAUGUUCUCGCAAGGUUCUGGCAAACCGAAGCGCGACACGCACGCUAAGGAAUCCUUCCCUGACGAUGAUCUGGACGACUCUUAUAUUAAAACGAACGUCAAGGACGACAAGUACGAAACUCAAGCUAAAGACACUGCUGAUGAUGCCCAAAACGAUGACGAGGACCCAAGUACCCUGAAGACCCCUAACAGUAAGGACAAAAAAUCAAUGAGUGACGAAGAGGAUGUGAACCAGAACAUGCUGCAGUCAGAAAUUUUGGAGGACGAUGAGGCAACCAAGCUUUCCAAGAAUAAGGCCUCAUAA